UCUGAAAGAUCUUAUCCAAAGUGAAGAUGUGAAACCCAAGCUGCAGUACAUCAUGACUAACCCUUCCUUUUCUAUGGUAACAGUUCAAAGUGAAGACAGUGGGAUAACCUGGGAAACCAGCUCAAGCAGAUGUUCUACUCCCUGGGCCUCAGAAACUAGUACAACUUCUGAUCUUUACAGGAUGGAAAGUUCACCGGUAGGUUCUCCUCCAGGAAAAGUUAUCUUUAUUAUGGAUGAAGGUAAGAUUGUUCGGAAAAGGAAGCGCAGAUCUUCAAAUAGGGUGCAAAUGGCUACAAGCCUGAAGGGGGGCCAAGGCAGUAAAAAACGUGAUUCUUCUGGAAUGCAGAGGCAAGAACGAAGAACUGUUCUAGGAGAUGUGCAGGCCUCCAUGUUGAACAUUGAACAGGUGGAAACACAAGACACAGAUGAGGAAAUGUUGGAUGAUGAAGAUCUAGAGAACAUCUCAGAAGAGCCAGUAAAACGUGUUCCUAUAAGAUCCAUAUUUAGAGAGAGCAGACUGAGAAAAGUAGGGCCAAUCCUUGGAGGACCAGUACAGGCUAGAAUCCAGAUGUUCAACUCAAUUUUUGGAGGGACUGAGCUAGCCCCUGAAACAUUGGAGAAAAAUAGAAUCCAGAGAAGUAGCUCAGUUUCAGGAGAUUCUGAACAGUUCCUUGAAACAUCAGUAAAAGAAAGAUUGCAAAAGUUCAGUUCACUUUCAGAAGCAACACAUCCAAAACCUUUCCAAAGAGUAAGUGGUAGAAAUCUUGAAACACCAUCUGAGAGAAGGGAGAAAAGACAGCAACCCACAGCACAUUCAAAUCAAAGCUAUUCUCCACCAACAACGCCUCUUGAAAAACAGCUUAUUAAUAAAGAUGAUGUUUCAUCUGAAAAUAUUAAGCCCCUUAAAAUGAAAGGUAAACCAAGCAGAUUUUCAAGCUUUGGUGCAAAAACAACUCUUCAACAUGAAGAAAGAAAAAACAGACAAUCUCUUUUGGAGACUCCAAAUCAGGUAUCAGGACAGUCACUGAAGUCCUGUCCCCCUGAAAAAGCCAGGAAACAGCACACUUAUUCACCUGCAGCCAAAACGUCAAUAACAGAGCAAUCAACCUCCAUUUUAUCAGAGUCUGAUGAUGAAUUAGAGAAACAAAUGCCACUUCCCUCAGCUGAAACUGCAAACAAGAAAUCAGACCAAUCCCUGCUGACAGCUUCAAAUGUUUUGCAUGAACCAAAGGAGCAGGAAAUUCACCCCAAUUCUGCAGGACAGCCUGUUUCAGCAAAUAUUGUUAAUGACUUAGCUAGACAAAGUACCCAACCUAUUUUGCCUACAGAACCCGUGUCAGAACAUCCUGAGAGGCAAGGACAGAAGUCAGCAGUUCAGUCUUGCUUACCUAGUGCUCCAUCAGCUAGCUCAACAUAUUCCACUCCAUAUGAAACAAGACAGGAGGAUAUUAUUCUGCAGUCAUCAGAAACGGCACAAUCUGAGUCUGAACAUGUGCUUUUACCACAUUCUGUAGAUGAAACAGAAAAGCAAGAAACUGAGUGUCACUCAUCAACAACUGCACUGUCAGAAAUUGAGCCUUCAGGUCUAUCGUAUUCUGCUAAAAAAAAAGAGGGUCAAAAGACCUCACUACCAGAAACCCAAAAUGUUCACUUAGAGAAGCAAACAGAGCCUGAACGAGACUUUUCCUCCUCCCUUCAGGAAACAGAGGAGCAAGGAAUUAAACUAAAUUCACCUAUUUCUGAAAAGAUAGAUUCUAAAUAUUUCAGCAUUUCAUAUCCUGUUCGCACAAAACCACAAGAAACUCAGAAAACUUCAGCUGUAAAAAAAGCAAUAGACUUGCAUCACCCUGAUUUUUCCAUUGAAAAAAACAAACAAGCAGAGAGUGUGCCAAUGGAGAUGGAGCAUUCAGAUUUCUCAUAUUCCAGCAAAGAAAUUGGGGAAUCAGAGAGAACACAGAUGGCAACAGAUCAUCCAGACUUCUUUUUUCCCAAGGAAGAAACAGAGGAAUUGGAGGGUGCACAGCUGGAGAUGGAGCAUCCAGACUUUUCUUUUUCCAGGGAAGAAGUGGAGGAACCAGAAAGUGCACAACUAGAGACAGAACAUCCAGAUUUCUCAUACACCGGGAAAGAAAUAGAGGAAUUGGAGGAGGAAUCCGAAAGUGCCCAACUGGAGACAGAGCAGCAGGAUUUCUUGUAUUCAGUGGAAGAAACAGAGCAAUCAGAGAGUUCACAACUGGAGAAAGAGCAUCCAGAUUUUUUUUCCAAGGAAGAAACAGAAGAAUCAGAGAGUGCACCACUGGAGAUGGAGCAUCCAGACUUUUCAUUUUCCAGGGAAGAAGUGGAGGAAUCGGAAGGUGCACAGUCAGGGAGAGAGCACCCAGAUUACUUAUAUUUCAGCAAAGAAAUUGGAGAAUCAGAAAGCGUACAGCUGAAGACAGAGCACCCAGGUUACUCAUAUUCCAGAGAAGAAGUGGUAGAAUCAGAGAGUGCACAGCUGGAGAUAGUGCAUCCAGACUUUUCUUUUUCCAGGGAAGAAAUGGAGGAAUCAGAAUGUGCACAGCUGGAGACAGAACACCCAGAUUACUCAUAUUCCAGAGAAGAAGUAGUAGAAUCAGAGCGUGCACAGCUGGAGAUGGUGCGUCCAGACUUUUCUUUUUCUAGGAAAGAAGUGGAGGAAUCAGAAAAUGCUCAACUGGAAAUGGAACAUCAGGAGGUUUUAUUUUCCAGUGAAGAAACAGAAAAACCAAAAUCUGUUCCUUUUGAAGAGGAGCAGCCAGAGUCUUAUUAUCCUGAAGAAGCAGAGCAAGAAAAAAAAGCACAGCUUGCACUGGUACCUUCAGAUUUGCCAUAUUUGAUGGAAGAAUCAGAGAAAGAAAACACCACAGAAUUUGAGUUGGUGCAUCCAGAUAUACCUGAUUCUGCCAGAAGAGCUGAGACACAGAAAGCUGGGUACCUGGAAACAGCAUGUUCAGAUUUACCAUAUCCCACAAAUAAAACAAAGCAGCAAGAACUGGCACAACCAGAUCUGGACAGUUCUCUUAUGUCAUAUUUUGGUGACAAAGGAGAACAGCCGCAGGCUCUACAGCAGCAUUCACAACCUGAAGGUAAACUAUACUUCCGUGCCAAGGGAGUGCAAGGAGAAACUACUCAACCGCAGUCAGAGCAUCCAGUUUUGUCAUAUUCUACUGGAAAAGAACAGCAACAUAAAACCUCACAGCUGAGAGCAGAACAGCUAGAGACAUCAUAUUCCACUGCUAAAAAAGAAAAACAGGAAAAAUUGCAACCAAAGUUGGAACAAGCAGAUUCACCAUAUUCACAGGGAGAAACAGCACAAGAAGCUGAACAAAGAACCUUAGGAAAUCCAGAGCCAUCAUGUUUCAUUAGUGAAGCAGAGCAACAGCAAAAUGUACAACUAGCUUCAGAAGAUAGGGAUUUCUCAUUUACCACUGGAGAAGUAAUGCAAGGAGCGGAGUCAGGAUCCUUGGACUCAUCACACUCAACUGACAGAGCAAAGCCCUGGCAAAUGGCACAGAUGGAGCAGGAGCAGUUGGUUCCCUCUUGUUCCACUGCUGGUAGUCAUCAACAGGAAACUCCACCACUGGAUGUGGCCCAGCCAGGUAUAUCAUAUUCCUUUGGCAGAAUGGAACGACAAGAUAUAGUACGAAGAGAGUUGGAACAGCAGGAAACAGCCCAGCAAAAAGCUAUGCAAAUGGAAAUGGAGUGUUCAGAUUUGUCAGAAACCUGGGGGAAAGAAGAGCCACAGGUCAUAGACCAAAUUAAUUUGGCACAGCAAGAAGUAGCUCACCCAGAGUUAGUGCAUCCAUCUUUGCCAUAUUCUUCCAGUGAACAAAUGCAAGAAGAAACACAAACAGAGCCAGCAUAUCCAGAACAGGUAUUCUAUGUAAGUACAGAAAUGCAGGAGGAAAUGACACAACACAAAUCAGAGCAACCAUUUAUUUCAUGUUUUACUGGCAAAACAGAGCAACAAGAAAUAGUACAUUCAGAACUGGAGCAAACAUUUUUGCCAUCUUCUAGUGGAAAAGAAACUCCACUGGUAAUGGAAACGAGUUCAGAAUAUCCAGAUUUGUCAUACUCCUUUCACAAAGCUGAACAACAAAAACAGUUGAAACAUCCAACCUUACCAUUUCGUUUGAAGCAACAAGAAACUGCACCACUGGUGAUGGAACAUUCAGAUUUUUCAUGUGACAACAGUGAAGCAAAAGCAGGCGACAUCGUAGAGCAGGAGUCAGCACAUCCAGAGCUUUCAUACUCCAUGGGAGAAACACAACACCACAAAGAACAUUUAGAUUCACCAGGAACCCUGGGUGAAGCAGCACAAGAUGAAAGUAUGGAAUUGGAAUCUAAAUGCCUAAAUUUGUCAUGUUCUCAUGGCCAAAGAAACCAGCAAGAAACUUCACAAUUGGAUUCAAAAUGUCCAGAGGUAUCAUUUUCCUUUGGUAAAGUCAAAGAACAAACAGCUCAAAAGUUUGAGUCUAAACAUCAAGAAUUGCCUAAAGUGGCUAGAAAAAGAGCUUCUCCAGCAACUGCACAAAUAGAGUCAAAGCAUCCAGAUUUGGCAUAUUCUCCUGGCAAAGGCGAUGACCCAGAAAUUGCACCACUGGAGAUGAAGCAUCCUGAUUUGUCACAUUCCACUGAUGAGACAAACCAACAAGAAGUAGUACUGUUGAAUCAGAAACAGAGAAAAAUUUCUGUUGUCAGAGAAAAGAAGCAGCAAACCACAAAACAGCAGUUAGAGCAAGAAAAGCUAUCACAUUCUCCUAGUGAAACAGAGCAAUUAAAACAUGCCCAAGAGGACCUGGAACAACCAGAUUUAUCAUUUUCCAUUGACAGGUUGGAUGAUGAAAUGGCCCCACCAGAGGCAGAGCACACUGAUGUGGUAUAUCCUCUGGACAAUGCAGAGAUGCACCAAAAAGUACGACAAGAAACAGAGCUAACUUACUCCUUUGGAAAAGCAAAACAGAAAAUAGUUCAGCCAGCAGUGGAAAUUCCACAUUUGGCCCAUUCUGUAGGUACAGCAGAAGAAAAAGAAGAAAUAUCAGAAACAGGGCAGGGACAUCCUGACUUGCCGCCUUCUGUUUUCAAAGCAGGAGGACUGCAAACUGCACAGCUAAAACCCGAAUGCCCUAGUCUAGCAUGUUCCGUCAACAAAGUGCAGGAAAUGACCCAGCUAGGGUUGGAACAGUCAGACACGUUGCAUGUUCAUGGAAAAACAGAGCAACUCCCACCUGCCAAGCUGGAGCUGUGCUGCGUAGACUUGGCAUCCCUUGCCAACAAAGUGGGGCAGCAAGGCAUGGAGCACAUAGCCUUGGGACAACCUGAUGAGGGACAGUCUGUCAGCAGAGCAGAGGAUCCACAGGCUGCAAAAGAGAAACUAGGAGCUUCAGAUGCAUCAUCUCAUAAUGGAAAAGUGGAGCAAAGAGAAAUGACAAAACCAGAACCAAAGCAUCCUGAUUUAUCAUAUUCCAUUGAUAAAACACAAACGCAAGAGACUACACAACUGGUGUUAGGAAAACCAGAUCUAUCAUCUUGGCCUGGCAAAACACAGCGAGCACAAACUGCUGAAGCAGAGCAGCCAGGCUUCUUGUAUUCUUUCAAAAAAGCUGCACAAGGAGAGAAAGCACAGCCAGAAUUGGGACAUUCACAGUUAGCUUACUCAGUUAGUGAAGCAGAACAAGAAACUGUACAUGUGAAAUUACACCAUUCAGAUUUAUCUACUGGCAGAUUAGAACACCAUGAAAUCAUACAACCAGAAGCAGAAAUAAUGAAUUUAUCAUGCUCAGUUGGUGAAACACAGCAACCUCAAAUUGCUGAAGUGAAUUUGGAGUGUCCGGAUUUAUUGCAUUCCACUGGCACAGUACAGGCACAAGUAAAGAUUCAGCCAGAACAGGAACAGACGUGUGAUUUUUCAUUGUCUCUUAGCAAAGAAGAGCAACGGGAAGAACACCCUGAGCUGCAGUGGUCUAUGGAGAAAAAAGGAGAACCGCAAAAUUCCAAAGCAAAAUCAGAAUAUGCGGAUUUGUCAUUCUCUGUUGACACAUCAGAACCUCAUAAAACAACACAGCCAGAGCUGAAAGAACACAGUUUGUUGCAUUCUUUUGUCAAAACAAAGCCUUGGGCUGCCCCACUGGAGUCUGAACUUCCAGAUACCUCAGAUGCCAUGGGCAAAGUACUGCACCCUGAUUUGUCCUCUUCUGUUAGUGAAGAAAAACAAAGUGCACACCUGGAGGUCAAACAGGAGAGGGGAUGCUAUACAUUACACCCAGAGGAAACAGUACAACUGAAAUUGGAACAGCCCGUGCUUUCACGUUCUUGUGGCAUAGCAGAGCAACCAAAUAGGCCGCCACUGGAAGGGGAAUUCCUGGAAUUCUUGUAUUCCUCUGGCAAAAAAGAGCGACAAGAAACAGCAAAACAAGAGUUGGAGCAUUCAGAUUUAUCAUAUUCCACUGAUAAAACACAGCAACAAAAAACCACACAACUUCGGUCAGGACAACCAGGUUUAUCAUCUUGCCCUGGGAAGACAGAGCAACCACAAACUCUGCAAGUAGAAGCAGAACACCAGGACUUGCUGCAUUUCAUUGGCAAAACAGAACGGCGAGGAACAGCACAACCAGAGGUUGAGCAUCCAGAUUUGUCAUAUUCUAGUGGCAAAGUAGAGCAGCCACCAGCUACACAACAGAAAUCAGAGCAGCCUGUAACACCCCAUCCCUUUGGAAAAACAGAGCAACAAGGAAUGCAACAUCCAGAGCAGGAACUUUUAUCAUUUUCCAUUUGCAAAACAGCAUCACAAGAAGCAAUGCAAAUGGACCUAGGGCAACAAGGUUUAAUAUGUGCCCUUGAUAAAACAGAUGAAGUGCAAACAGUGCAAGGUGAACUGCAACAUACAGGUUUGUUGUAUUCUUCUGGCAAAAGGGAGCAAGAAAUCGUAUUGCCAGAGUUGCAACAUCCGCAGUUAUCACAUCCUGUUAGAGAAAUAGAAGAUGAAACUACACAUCAGAAAUCAAACUAUCCAGGUUUGUCAUAUUCUACUUGUCGACAAGAGCACCAUGAAAUUGAACAACCAGAGGUGGAAGAAAUGGAUUUAUUCUAUCGAGCUGGCAAAUCAGAGCACUCACAGCCUGCUCAAGAAGUACUGCAACAGCCAGAGCUCGGCAAACUAGAGGAAAAGGGAAUGUCCCAGCCUGGCUUUUUGCACUCCCUUGGUGAAGAAAAGCAGAAACCAGCUUCACAGAUUGACUUAAUGCAACCAGGUUUAUCACAUUUGCUUGGCAAGACAAAAGACCAGGAAAGUGCACAAGCAGGGUUCAUGCCUUCUGAUUUUUCAUAUUCCACAGAAAAAGCAGAGCAUUUGCAAACAGAACUAAAAUCAAACCAGCCAGAUUUGUCAUCUUCUCUUGGCAAAGCAGAGACUCAUGGAAUGAAACCACCAGAUUUAUUGUACUCUUAUGGCAAAGUAGAGCAACCACAGACUGCCCAGCUGGAGCAUCCAGAGACAUCAUAUUUCAUGGGUGAAACAGAGCGGCGGGAUGGAUCCCAACCUGAACUGCAGUGCAUUAAUCUGCAGUUCUCUGUUGUUGAAACAGAGCAACCAGAAACAACUUCUAUAUCAUAUAGUUUUGGCAGGACCAAGGAGCAGGGAACUGCACGACUGGACUUUGAACAAUCAGAUUUAUUAAGUCCUACUGAAAAAGCAGAAAAGCAUGAAAUGGCCCCACUGAGAGCAGGACAUGUGGAGAAGCGAGGCACUGGGGCUACUUCAUUUCUAACUGCUCAGUUGGACACUGAACAGCAAGAUUUAUCCUUUUCCACUGAGGAAACAGAGAGCCAAAAAAUUCAACCAUAUUCAUCUCAUACUGAACAAACAGUGUCUAUACCUUUGGGUGUUUCACAUCCUGUCUCUGAAACAAAGCCAGAAGGAAGUCCAAAGUCUUCACUUGUAACUGGAGGCCUGUCCCCCAAGCACUUAGAUUUAUCUUACACCCACUGUAAAACAGAGCAGUCAGAAACAACGCAGCCUGAGUCAGGUUUCUUCUUUGGAAGAAAAGAUGCAGAGAAUACAAAAAUUCAUCUACAUUUGCCUGUGGCUGCACAGUCAGAGGAUGAACAUGUACCUUUACCUGAAACAGAGAGAGAACAGACUCCACAUUACUUCCAUGCAACUACACAAUUAGAAUCUGAUCAAUUAAAUUUAUCUUAUUCUACAGAUAAAGCAGAAACUCUAGAAAGUCAAGAUUAUUUAACUGUACCUUCAAAACUGGAGUCUGAACCUUCAGUUUUACUUUAUUCAGCUGAUGAAACAUGUCAGCAAGAAAUCCCACCUUAUUCAGAACCAGCCUCUGAGUAUUUGGUUCCCACACGGUCCCUUGCUGAACAAGCAAAGCAAAGCAUGCAGCCACUUAUUCCCCGGUCUGCACUAUCAGAGUGUAAACACGUAAUUCCACCACAUGAUAAAAAAGAAUUGCAAAAAAUUCAUCUCUCUUCACCUAAAAUAGCAAGCUUGAGGACAGUGCAGUUGGAGAGUAUGUCUCUAAUGCACACACAAGACAAAGACGAGCAAGAAUCUCAAGAUCAUUUGUUGGAUGCGAAAUAUUUGUCAUCAGAGCAGCUAAGAAGUCCUCCCAAAUUUUCUACUGAGCAGGAUAAGCAAGAAAUGCAACCUGAUGUGCAGACAGUGCCAAGGUCAGCGACCACAGAUUCAAAGGUGACUGUUCUAUCAAACCUGCAACUAGUGUCAUCAGAUUCAUUUGUACCUUUUCGUACAUUACCUGAAAAGUCAAUAUCAAUGGCUUUUACUGAUGAUGAAGAGAAACAAAAUAUUCCAUCAUCUUUAUCAGAUGUAGUAGGCAUGCUUGGAAAGCAUUCUAACAUAGAUUCAGGUAUUUAUACUGAAGGAGAGGAUAGACAUGAUGUGCAACCGCAUUUUGCAGACCGAAAGCAUACCUCCUUAGAGCAUCUAGGAGCUGUUUCAUCAGAUCUUGUUUAUGAAACUGUGACACAAAAACCUCAGCAUUAUUCUGGUGAACAAGGCAGCCUUUUUUCAGCAGAGAUGAAGUCUGUUAGCUCUAGUUUUGAUGAAAAGCAGAAUCCAGAUAUUCCAUCUUUUGCGCUAGCUAGCUGGCUGGCAGAAGAGGUGAAAGCUCGCUCAAUUAGUCCAAUAAGAGCUACAGAAGUAGACAGGCAAGGAAUUCGACUUUCUCCAAAUGAAGCUUCUGAUUUUGGAUCAAAACAAUUCCCAGCUGGAAGUUGCACAGAACUUACAGUCCAUAGUGCUACAAAGAAUAAAGGAGAUGUGUUUAGAGUUUCUGAUUCAAUGUCAAGUGAAAUUUCCCACACAGUGUCCUCGGACACUAGUCACAGUGCACCGUCUCUGGGAGGAGAUAUUCCAGGUCCAGACAAAGUUCCAGAGCAUGAAACUAGCACUGGAAACCCUACAAAAAUGGAAGCAAUGCAACAUCCAGAGCUAGACAAAGUGUCUAAAGAACAUUACCUGAGAGGAGAAGAGGAAGAAAUGGAACGUAUGAGUGCUGUAAGAGACAGUCAGCAUGCUCCAGAGCCUACUGAACAAAAAGAUCUAUUCAAUAUAAUUUCAGAAGGUUAUGAAAUACUAAAUAUUCAUGCUCCAACACAUAUUUCUUCUGUUGAUCAAGAAGAAAGUAAACACAUGCCAGAUAGAUUAGAAUACUUGGAAACAAAUCCUUCAUUUAAAAGAAGAUUAGCUGAUGAUGGCCAUACAGCCCUAUCUUCUGGAACAACUACAGAAAUUUCAGAAAGCUCAGUAUUGGGAAAGCCUGCAAGCCAUGAACUAAAAGAAUUGGUAAAAAAUGAUGAUGUUGAGGAAACUAGAGAAACACAACAAGAAAAUCCCAUGUUGCCAGAAAACAAUAAUAAUGCAAUGUUGGAUCCUAAUAAUGGUAUGGCUGAUGUGGAUUAUUUUGAAAAAUAUACAUUGAUUGAUGACAAAUCCCCAAUUAAACCACAUUUUGAAAGACCAAGUUCAUUGUUUCCUGUGACAGAAGAUCCCAAUGAACCUGUGGAAGAAGGCACAUCUUUUAAAGAAAGCACUGAGGCAGAUACUUUGGAAGAGGAGUUUUCCUUACUUGAGGAUCUGGAUGAAGUCUUUUAUGGUACUGUGAAGGGAGAAAGCAAAAUGCAGUCCUAUGCAGAUGCUCCAAAACCUUUACCUCUGCAGAAAUCUAUUGAUAUUAGCAGUAAAAAGGUUACAAAUGUAGAAGAUGAACGGAAGUCACCAGGGACCCCACUCUUUGAUUCAGAAGAAGGAGUGCUAGAACGAUCUCUGUUGUUCCCUACCACUGUUGCCGCAGUUAAUCCAGAGCUUCUAGAGGAGCCACCUGCUCUGUCAUUUUUAUACAAGGACCUCUAUGCAGAAGCAGUAGGAGAAAAGACAAAAGAUGAGACUCCAUCUGAUGAGGAAAGUGGUAAUUCUAAUGCAUCUUUCCCUAGUAGAAAUUCAGACACAGAUGAUGGAACAGGAAUAUAUUUUGAAAAAUACAUUCUUAAAGAUGAAAUUCCAAGUAAGGCCAUAGGGCCUCAAAAGGAUCAGAUACCAGAGGAUGAAUCCUUUAGUGGAGGAAUUUCAGUUCAGAGUUCAGAGGACAAAGACAAGCAGGUGUCUGGUGAUGUUCAAUGUGUCAGAACUGAGGUUCUGACAGAAAAGAGUGUUGUGGAGAGAGAGAAAUUCCAGGUUGACAGUGACAUUCAAGCAACAAUUUGUAAACCAAUGCAUGCUAUUCCUUUUGGAAGCAAAGUAGUUCUUUCAGGUGCAAGAAGUGAUACCACUGAACAAAGAGAAGAAGAAAAUGUACCUGUAGAAACGACUGAGGAGUUGCCAGAGGAAUCAAGUCAUCAGACAUAUAGUCAACCAGUGGAUUAUCAGGGAGCUGUAUAUCCAGAAGGUGGUAAUAAGCAGGAAGAACAGCAUGACAUAACAGCAGUUCCUCAAAUGGAAAAAUGUGUUCCAUAUGUCAGGAGUCCUGUUGAAGACAAUGAAGAUGAUCAAUAUACUCAGGAAGAUCUUUCCUGUGUCCCUACCAUUCAGCAAACAGAGAAGCCAGACUUGCAAAGACAAGAGCAGCAUCCUGAGGUUUAUGAAGAUCUUGCUGAGUCAAUGGAUUAUGAUGUGAUUACACAAGAAGAACUUUUGCAAGAUGAAAUAUCAUCUCAAUUCACACACGAGGAGCUAUUAUUUGAAGAUAGGGACUCUUUUGAGCAUGCUGGUGAUAGUUAUGAAUUUAUUAAUGAGCCAGAACAAAGCACACCUGUUGAGCUUGAAGAUUCAGGUUUUGUGGUGAUGUAUCCUGAAAAAUCAGCAACAAAUAUUCCUCAAGUUGAGAGCCCACAAAGAGAACCGAAGAAAGUGCAAGCAGACACAUAUUGUUACCACUGCAAAUGCCCGAUAUCUGCUAUUGACAAGCUUUUUGGAGAACAUAAAGACCAUGAAGUCACCACACUAGAUGAUGCUGCAACCAAGAUGAAGGAUCAGUUAAGUGAAUUGCUAAUAGCAGUGGAAGAAAAGUCAAUGAAGAUUGAAGAGUUUGUGAGUGAUAUUGAAUUGUUAUUUAACUCUGUUGAGGAAAACUGUAAGAAAAAUGCAGAGUUAUUGGAAAAGCAGAAUGAAGAGAUGCUUAAGAAAGUGGUGGCACAAUAUGAUGAGAAGUCGGAGAACUUUGAGGAAGUGAAGAAGAUGAAAAUGGAGUACCUGUAUGAGCAAAUGGUUAACUUCCAGCAAACUGUUGAUUCAGCAAAGGAAACUUUGGAAACAACAGUAAAAGAAAUAGAAGAACUUGAUGGAUUUGUUUUCCUAAAUUCAUCUAAAGAAUUGAAUAAAAGGUUACUUUCUGCAAUGGAUACUACCCUCUCUUUAGAAAAGAUGCCCAGUGCUUUUUCACUGUUUGAGCACUAUGCGGACAGUCCAGGACAAAGCAACCAGCACUCCUUAAGACAUGUGGCUGUCCCACAGAGACCGACUGUUGUACCGCAGGAACCAAACUCGGCCACCAGCACCUCCAUUGCUGUCUACUGGACUGUGAAUGACGGGGAUGCCAUCGACUGCUUCCAGGUCUACUGUAUGGAGGAGCUGCAAGCCAGCAAAGAUGCGGAGGCUUUGGUAGAGGAGUACAGAGUGACGGUGAAGGAGAGCCACUGCAUUUUGGAGGACCUGGAGCCAGAUCGCUGCUACAGUGUGUGGGUCAUGGCUGUGAAUGGCACAGGCUGUAGCUUACCCAGUGAAAAAGCCAUUUUUAAAACAGCACCCGCCAUCCCCACCAUCAAGGCUGAGGACUGCACCGUGUGUUGGGACACUGCCACUGUCCGUUGGUGCGCUGGCUUGGCGUCAGCGGAGUCCUUCACCCUGGAAUACUGCCGACAGCACUCACCGGAAGGAGAGGGUCUCAG